AUGGCGUGGCGCCGCAAGGUCCUCUACCAGUUCAUGGCAGUGGCUGGACCAUUAAACUUUGCCCUCCGCUUCACCAUCGACCCAGCCAGACAAUAUCUAAUCGUCAACGACCAACAACGCAUCGCCCUCCGCAACGGCAACAUAGCAGAGCGCUUCUCGGCAGCCAUCCCCAUCUUCGUCCCCGUCGGCAACCUCGCCCCAUCAUCCUCAACCUCCUCCACCUUCUCCCUCUCCCGCAUCCUCCCUCCCUCCUUCUUCCCCUUCCCCUUCCCACCCUGGUUCCACGCCGCCGACGCCACCCUCCUCUCGUGGUGGCUCGCGCCCUCGACCGCCGUGGUCAACCUGCGCGCCUCAUGGUCGGGCGCGACCGACGAGGAAGGCUUCGGCGGGCCCAUGGAGAUCUGGCCCGACGACGAGAGCUGGUACGACGGAUCAGACGGCGACAGCGAAAAGCGGCAGCCGCCGGGCCCACCGCGCGGCACGCGCCCGCUGCUCACCGUCACCGUCGUCCGCAGCCAGAUCCCCAACAACGACAUCAUCGUCAGCGCGCCGCCGCUGAGCGUCAGCCCCACGGCGACGCUGGCGUUCCGGCGCGCGGCGUUUGCGUGGCUGUUUCCGGCGUGGUUCCUGGGCGCGAGGCUGGUGGGGGCGUGUGGCCGCGGCGGUGGAGUGUGCUGGAUGGCGGUGGCGGUGGUUAUUUUGGUGGUGGGGGUUGUUGGGUUGGUGGUGCGGAGGCAGCGGCGGAGGGUGUUGGUGGAAAGGUCCGAGAAGGUGGUGGGUGUCAGGAGGUCGUCGGGGUGUCGGCGGUGGGAUUGGUGUGCGAGCGGAAGGAGGCCUGUGGGGGGGAGGGCGCGGAGCAAGAAUCAGUCUGUGGAUUUGUUGGAAAGUGGAGAUGGUGUUUGGCUAGGGAAGGAGAGGAGGGGGUAA